AUGCCGGAAGAAAGACGUGAAAAUGAUUCAAGUGAACUAACAAAAGGACACGAAAAUGAUUCAAAUCAUUCACAUGAACCAGCAGAUGCAACUCAUUAUAAAGUUUUAGAACGAAGGAUUGUUAGAAAAUCUAUAUUGACCACAAUAUAUUUAUUGGGCAUCGUUGAUCGUAUCAACAUAGGAAAUGCUCGUAUUGCAGGAUAUGAUUAUAAAUAUUUGAAUUCCACUCCUUCAGAAUAUAAUCUUGCAGUAGCGAUGUAUUUUGUCUCUUAUAUGAUAUUCGAAAUCCCCUCAAAUUUUGUGACUAAAGUUUUGGGGUUUCAAGUUUGGAUGCCUAUAAUAAUGGUAUGUUGGGCGGUUGCUUCUAUGAGUCAAGCUGCAUGUAAAAGCGCGCUUCAAUUAGGGAUAACUAGAUUUUUAUUAGGAUUGGCCGAAGCUGGAUUUCCUCCAUCUGUAGUAGAAUAUGUCGGCUUUUUUUAUGCUAGAAAAGAAUUAACCUUAAGAUAUUCUGUUUUUAUGGCAUUAAUUACUGUCUCUGGUGCACUUAGCGGAAUAAUU